AUGACGAUCGAACAGUUUCGAGAUUGUUUUGUGGGUGAAAAAGGCUAUGAAGCUUUAAAAAAACUAAUGAAAAGUGGUAAUGAAUUAUGUACAGAUACUGCGAAAUGUUGGCAAGAACGUUAUGAAAUCGAAAUUGCUUAUGGAAAAGGUCUUCGUAAGAACAGUGAAACAUUUCAAAAGCUCGCUAGUCGAGCAAAAGGAUCUUUAGUACAAGUAUUUACAACUAUUGCUACACAAACAAAUAUUGAAAGUGAAGCACAUAAUUUAAUAGCUAAUGUAUUACUUAAUAAAAUAUCUGUUCCAAUGAAAAAUCUUGCUGACACACAACUCAAAGCAAGAAAACCAAUCGAAGAUGCAGUAAAUGGAAAAUUUAAAGCAUGGAAGGAUAAAAAAGAAAUUGAUACUAAAUAUCGUCAACGUCAAUUUGAAAAUUGUAAAGAUAUCGAAGGAUUAUAUCUUAAAAUGGAUGAAACUCCAAAAACAACAAAAAAUUCAGUGAAAGAAGUGAGCAAGAUUGAAAUGUCACUACGAAAAGCAGAACAAGAAUUAGAAAAAACAGAAAAAAAAUAUCAUGAAUCAACAAAAGAUGUUGAAUUAGCAAGACAAUCAUGUGAUGCUGAAAUGUGUCGAAGUUGUGAUCAAAUGCAAAUGAUGGAACUUGAUCGAAUUAAUGAAAUGGAAAAAUUCAUUCAAACAUAUACUAAUUCAAUACAAAAACUUAAUGAAACGAUGAAUCAAAUAACACAAGAAUUAUAUUCCAUCCGAAUAACACCACAAGAUGAUAUUGUUAUAGAAGGUAAACUUAAUCUACAAACAACUGAAACUGAAAUUCUACUAUAUGAUAUUUAUGCUGAAAAUGAACAUAAUGCAAUGAGUCAAGAACGACGAGUAUUAAGUCUUAUGAAUUGGAUACGAAUGUUAAAGCAAGAUAUUGAAAUACAACGUCGAUCAAAAGAUGAUAUUGUGGUUCAUCGUGAAAAACAUCGAGACAAUUUAUCGUCUUCAUCAGGUAAUGAUGAUGAUGAUGAUAAUGAUGGUGCUAUGUAUCAUCAUACAAAAAGAGAAAAUAGAAAACGAGAGGGUAUUGAAAAUUUACAAGGAUUUUGUAAACAAAAUCAAAAGUUUUCAACAAGUGUUAAUCCGAGUGAAAUAUAUGUUAAUCGUGAAAGUGUUCGUCUUCUACAAUGUCUUUAUGAAGGAAGUUUAUAUAAAAUGGAAUCAGUUUAUAAUCAAAUUAAACACUUACCUGAGCCACAAUAUGAACAUUCACAACGUUUUGCCAAAAGUUAUACUGAUAAAGGAACUCCAACAACUCUUCUUCGAAUUCCAUUUCAACCAUUAAGUCAAAACCCUCCGACUGCUCCGCCUACUGCGGGUUAUCUUGCACAUGCAAUGCCGAUAGUUGCCGCACCAGUUAUGAUGCAACAACCUGUACCACCACCACCAUAUUCAGUUCAUAAACAAGCACCAAUAGGCUGGGCAAUUAAUGAACUUCCCAAUGAUCAUCUAACACAAGAUAAUCGCUCAGCGGCACCUACACCACCUUAUCCAGUUCUUCCGACUGUUAUGAUAUCAUCAACAGAUUCUAAUCGACAACAACAAACAGUUAAACAUGUUAAAGUAUUACAUGCCUAUGAUGCACGACAUGAUGAUGAAUUAACUAUACGACCAGGUGAUAUUAUUGUAUUACUUGAACGACGUUCUGAUAAUUGGUAUAAAGGCAAUUUGCAUGGAAAUAUUGGUUUAUUUCCAGGCAAUUUUGUGCAAGAAUUAUAA